AUUUUUUUCUUUUUGAAUACUCAAUUUUAUUUCGUUUCUUUAAAAAAAAAAUUACCUAUUUUAAUUGUUCUUAAUAUUUUUAAAAGAAAACAGUAAAUUGUAAAUUUAUAAGCAAUCUUAUUUAAAAAUUGGAAGCAAUUAUUUCGAAAAUUCUAAAAAGUUAUAGAUAAGAAAAAGUAAAGUGAUGCAAUGUGCGACACUAUUUAAUCUUGCAAAUCUCCAAGAAAUUAAAUAAAGAUUCUGAAUAUUUUUAAGAGAUAUAAGUAAUGUAAAAUUAAAUGUAUAGGGCUUAUUUUAAAAAUUCUUAAGGUGCCAUUUCCAAAAAAACCAAAAAAAAAACGAAUAAAACCGCAGUCGGACAGUGUUACCAAAACGCGAAGACGGGUAAAUACAUUAUUUCGGCUCUAUUUUGAUGGGUAUUUUCAAGACCACCGCCAAAGGUCUUUCCGCAGAUAAGAGUAAAUAACAAAUCAUCAUUAACACACAGCUUUUAAAUGGUGAUCGUCUGCGGGAACAUCUUUUGAAAUAGCUGAAUUAAUCUAUAGACUUCCCAAACAUAAACAAGAGAGGCGGCGAAUGACCUACGAUGGGCAUGGGUCUACUUAACAUCUGGAGACGUGGCCUCCACUCGAGUUCCGCCCGACUGCAGGUGAUCCAGGGUGCCACGCCCACCAAGCGGAUAUGCAUUGUGGGCGCCGGACCCGCCGGCUUCUAUGCCGCCCAACUAAUCCUCAAGCAACUGGACGACUGCGUGGUGGACGUGGUGGAGAAGCUGCCGGUUCCCUUCGGACUGGUGCGAUUCGGCGUAGCGCCCGAUCAUCCGGAGGUCAAGAACGUAAUCAACACCUUCACCAAGACCGCCGAGCAUCCGCGUCUGCGCUACUUUGGCAACCUGUCGCUGGGCUCGGAUGUGAGCCUGCAGGAGCUGAGGGAUCGAUACCAUGCUGUGCUGCUCACAUACGGAGCGGACCAGGAUCGGCAGCUGGAGCUGGAGAACGAGCAGCAGGGCAAUGUGAUAUCUGCCCGGAAAUUCGUGGCCUGGUACAAUGGCUUGCCGGGUGCGGAAAACCUGGCUCCGGAUCUCAGUGGUCGGGACGUCACGAUUGUGGGUCAGGGCAACGUGGCUGUGGAUGUGGCCAGAAUGCUUCUCAGUCCUUUGGAUGCUCUGAGGGCCACCGACACCACGGAGUAUGCUCUGGAAUCCCUCUCCCACAGUCAAGUCGAGCGAGUGCAUCUAGUGGGCCGGCGUGGUCCCCUGCAGGCCGCCUUCACCAUUAAGGAGCUGCGGGAGAUGCUCAAGCUGCCCAAUGUAGACACCCGCUGGCGAGCCGAUGAUUUCUCUGGCGUAGAUCUCCAGUUGGAUAAACUGCAGCGUCCGCGUAAGCGACUCACCGAACUGAUGCUCAAGAGUCUGAAGGAACAGGGUAGAUCCUCUGGCGCCAAACAGUUCCUGCCCAUCUUCCUGCGAGCGCCGAAAGCUAUAGGCCCAGGGGAAAUGGAGUUCUCCGUCACAGAACUGCAGCAGGAGUCAGCAGUGGCCACCAGUUCCACGGAGCGUCUGCCCUCCCACCUAAUCCUGCGCAGCAUUGGUUACAAAUCCAGUUGUGUGGAUGGGACCAUCAAUUUCGACACCCGUCGCGGUCGAGUUCACAACAUUGACGGUCGCGUUCUCAAGGAUGAGGCUUCGGGAAAAGUGGAUCCUGGACUCUAUGUGGCCGGCUGGCUGGGCACUGGGCCCACUGGCGUUAUUGUGACCACUAUGAACGGAGCCUUUUCGGUGGCUAAAAACAUCUGUGAUGACAUAUCCUCGAAUGUUUUGGAUACCAGUUCAGCAAUGCCAGGAUACGAUGCCGAUGGGAAGCGAGUAGUUACGUGGGAUGGAUGGCAGCGGAUCAACGACUACGAAAGUGAGGCGGGCAAGGCCAAGGGAAAGCCACGCGAGAAGAUCGUUAGCAUCGAUGAGAUGCUGCGUGUGGCGGGCGUUUGAUGCCCGGUUACCAUGGGUGGUGGCUGACAAUAGUUUUUAUUAGAACAAAUCUAGCUUACUUAAUUUAUCUGUCGUCGGAGGCCUUUGUUAUUCAUUGUAAAUAUAAAACUCUUGUAAAUUUA